AGAAACAAGUAACCAAGUUCUUCUUAAGAGCGUGUUUUCCGUCUUUGGCGUCGUUUGUCGCAGUUAGCGAGAUUUCACUUUGCACGUUGCAUUUCACGUUGCCAUUUUGUGGUCACAAUUUUAAUUGUAUCGUACAUUUCUAUCGAAUUAAAACAGUUCUUAACUUUUCUUAUAUUAUCAGAUUUAAGAAACAAUGGUUAAGGCAGAGGUAAAAACUCCCAACAAACGUAAAAGCAUUGCUAAUGAAACCCCAUCAAAAAAGCCGAAAUUAGAAAAAUCACAGAAAACACCUCUAAAACCGUUUACUCCGAAAAAGCCAAACCAAGGAUCUCCCCAGAAAGCAACUCCUAAAACUUUUACACCAAGAAAUCCAAAUCAGCAAGCCUCUAAUCAGAAAUCAAACAAAAAGAAUAAAAAACUAUCAGAAUCAGAUUCUCCAAAGAAAGUACCUUUUGCUGGUACAAAGCAAUUGAAUAAUACGAAACAAGGUAAACCAACAAAUGGAACAAACACAGUUUCACCAAAUAAAGACAAGAAGAAAAGAAGGAACCAAUUUCAGGGUUUAAUCUCUCUGGUAAAAACAAAACAAGGCUCGAAAGAUGCUGAGCUGUUAAAGACUCUCCAAGAAAAAAUUGAGACAUUCAACUCGAGACCAGAACUUUCUAAAACAGCCAAGAGAAAAUUAACUCUUUUAUCCAGACUUAAACGUCUUGUUGAAGAAGGUCCUGAAACUGUUAAAGCACAUAAAUCUAAUAACUCUGAGGCAAGUCAAACUAAAUUGAAGAAAAAUAAGCAAGCACAAGUUCAAAAAGCACAGUUGGCUCCAAAAAUCAAGGUAGAAGAAGAUUCUGAUGAGGAAGAAGCUGAAGAAGAGGAGUCAGAUGAAGAUGCAAGUGACGAUGGUGCUGAAGAGAAUGAACAAAAUGAUGACAGUGACGAAGAAGAUGACGAUGACGAUGAUGAUGACGAGGAAGAGGAAGAGGAGGACGACGAUGAUGAUGAUGAAGAUGAUGAAUCUGAUGAAGCGCCGGCGCCUCAGGGAAAAUCGGCACAACAAAAGAUGAAACCGAAACAGUCCACAGUUAUUGAUAAAUCAAAAGCAGUUGACAUAAAUGAUCUUAAAAAAACUGAACUUGUUGGAAAGGGACAAAAAAGAUUUGUGCUGUUUGUCGGAAAUAUUCCUUAUGAUUCUACAAAACAAGAUUUGUUAAGUCAUUUUAGUAAAGUUGGAGACAUACAGCAUAUUAGAAUACCCACAGAAAAAGACACUAACAAACCAAGAGGUUUUGCUUAUGUCGAAGUAAAAGAUGAAAUAACUUAUCAGAAAUGUCUUUCAAUGCACCAUUCACAGCUGAAAGGUCGUAGAAUAAAUGUUUUAUAUACUCAAGGUGGUAAAAAGAAAGGAGACGAACGAAAAAAUCAAAUAAAAGUUAAAAACAUGAAGCUACAUGCUCUGAGAAAACAAGGUAAAUUGGCUGGCAGUGUCAAACAGUCACAGAAAAGAUCUUUUAGAAGGAAUAAAAUCAAACAAGAAAAGGUGUAAAGUUUAGCAUAGGAAUGUAAUGUGAAAUUUAUUUUUUAUAAUUAAGAUAGCAAUAGUGAUAAAUAUUUAGUACAUACAUUAAAUACUACUGUUGAGUGUCACUAC